UAAUCGUCCGAGUGUUGGUGUCAGAAUUUUUUUGUAGAAGACGUGGUGACCCCCGCCCACCUGGAUCUUGGGCUGCCCCCUUUUCCACCAAAACUUUUUUUUCUUCGUCGCCCGAAUUUGCCAAGGCGCGCCGUUGUGUUUUGCCAAGACAUGCAGCCAUCCACUCUCUACGCUGAAUCGGAAACUCUAUCUCUAUUGUGCUAACACGCGCUUACACGGCCAUGGUCGACAAAAAAGACGUCGUGGACGAAAAAUCUGUAACUGGCCGCGAAUCAGAGGAUGUUGAUCCUACGCAGGCUCCAGCAGCAGGUCAGGCUGGCGGUGGUGAACCCAGAAUUCAAUUCACUGCCGCUGUAAAGCCAGGCCGCAAACGACCCAUCAGCGGCGAUGCACCAGCAUUUGGAAUCCCCAUCACCAAACGAUCCCAGAGCAUCGUGUCUAUUCCGCAGGUCAUCUCGGCCAAAGACAAGGAUCGCCUGCAACGCGAACGGGAAAACGAGGAGAAAAAUGUCACCAUUGACGAACAUCUCAUGCCUCACGCCGACGUCGCUACGAGAUACCAGACCAAGAUCAACAUGGACAAGCCUGGAGAAUCCUACGGCUUGACCAGCGAACAAGCGGCUUCCUUGCUGCUCGAACAUGGUCCCAACAUCUUGACGCCCCCAAAGAAGAGACACCCUUUUCUUAAAUACUUGGACUGCUUGUCUAGUCUCUUCAACCUGCUCUUAGUUUUCGCAGGUGUGCUGGAAUACAUCCUCCUCGGUAUCAACUUCAAGGACAACUUCCAAAACACGUACCUCGGAGCAAUUCUCAUUGUGGUUGCGCUCAUCAAUGCCUUCAUCGAGUUUUACCAACAGCAGAAAUCUCAGGCGUUGUUGGAGUCCUUCCUUCAAAUGAUUCCCGCAAAGUGCAUGUGCCUUCGCGAUGGAAAACUGGCCCAGAUUGAAGCCUCCACCUUGGUUCCUGGCGAUGUGGUUUACAUGCGAAUGGGCGACAAGAAUCCGGCCGAUGUUCUAGUUUUUUCCGCAUCCGAUUGUCACGUCGACAACUCCUCCCUGACCGGCGAGUCUGAACCGCAAGAGCGCCUCAAGGACAAUGACAUGCAAAACCCUCUGGAAGCCAGCAACAUCAUGUUCAACAGUACGCUCGUUGUCUCAGGUGAGGCCUAUGGUAUUGUCAUCCGCACCGGUGAUCGCACUAUGCUUGGUCAGAUUGCCCAUCUCACAGCGGGUGAAGAAAAAACGGCGUCUCCAUUGGCUCAUGAAAUCGACAACUUCGUCAAGCUCAUUGCUACCAUUGCCAUUGUCACAGCCAUCAUCUUCUUCGGUAUCGCUUUCCCCGUCAACAACAACAAUGCUUCUCUUGCCAUCAACUUCGCCAUUGGUAUCUUCGUCGCAUGGGUUCCUGAAGGUUUGCCCGCCACCGUCACUAUGCUGCUUACAAUUGCAGCGAAGCGAAUGGCCAACCAAAACGUUCUCGUGAAAGAUCUACAAGGAGUCGAAACCCUAGGCGCCAUCACGCUGCUCGCAACCGAUAAGACCGGCACGCUUACGCGCAACCAAAUGACGGCCACCAACAUCUGGACUUGCGAUGAGCUGUACGAAGCGUCUGCUAGCGCCGGUGUCGAGAAGCAAGUUGCAUCACUAGACAGACCUGGUAUUCCUGACAUGUUGCACACAUUUGCACUCUGCUCCCGAGCCAAAUUUGACCGAACGGACGUACCUAUUAAGGAACGCGAAGUCCUUGGUGAUGCUACCGAAUCAGGCCUUCUCCGAUACGCCGCGGAACAGCUUGACGACUUUGACAACCUGGCAACCACUUACCCGAAGGUCUUUGAACUUCCAUUCAACUCCGAUACCAAAUGGCACAUGAGUAUCCACAAGAAGAAACACGCCAACGGUGCCUUGACCCUCUACAUCAAGGGUGCCCCCGAACGAAUCUGGCGUCUUUGCAAUCGUAUGCUAACGGGUGUCGAUGGCGAGUGCGUGCCACUCACCGACAAGCACAAAGAAGCAUACGAUGCGACAUACGAGCAUAUGGCGAGCCUGGGCCAUCGUGUUUUGGGAUUUGCCGAAAUGUUUCUCCCUGCCGACCAAUAUCCCGAGGACUUUGCCUUUGACAAGAAAGAAAAGAACUACCCACUGGGCGAUUUCAUCUUUACUGGCCUUGCGUCUCUCCAGGACCCGCCUAAGCAUGGUGUUCGCGAAGCAAUUGGACGCUGCCGCUCUGCUGGUAUCAAAGUCAUCAUGGUGACGGGCGACCAUCCUCUGACUGCGGAGGCUAUUGGUCGCAAGAUCAACCUGAUGCUCGGUGAAACAAAAGAAAUGGUAGCAAAGCGCAAGAACAAAAAGGUGGAAGACGUUGGUGAGAAUGAAUACGACGCGGUUGUCAUCCAUGGCGAGCGCAUUGACAGCCUAACUGACGCGGAAUGGGACAACAUCUUCUGGAAGGACGAAAUCAUCUUUGCCCGCACAUCGCCCAAACAUAAGCUGGAAAUUGUUCGACGCGCUCAGAGUAUGGGUCAUAUUGUUGGUGUUACUGGUGACGGUGUCAACGAUUCACCGGCUCUCAAAAAGGCCGAUUUGGGUAUUGCCAUGAACAUGUCCGGAUCAGAUGUCUCCAAGGAAGCCGCUUCCAUGAUUUUGCUCGAUGACAACUUUGCCAGUAUCAUUCGUGGUAUUGAAGAGGGCCGUCUUAUUUUCGUCAACCUCAAGAAGUCGAUCCAGUACACAAUCACCCACUCUACACCAGAGGUCAUCCCUAACCUGCUCUACGUUAUUGUGCCUAUUCCUCUGCCUCUUUCCGCCAUUCUCAUCCUGGUCAUCGAUCUUGGCUUUGAACUUAUCGCUGCCCUUUCUUUCGCUUGGGACCCGCCUGAGACGGCUGAGGGCUUGAUGAAACUGCCCCCUCGCAAGCCCGUCACUCAAGAGACUAGCAACAUCUUUCGUCGCCGCGCUCUCCGGCGCACCCAGUCUCGUUUCGACGAAGAGGCCGGUGUAGUCAUCUCGCCUGAAAACCAAACCAAGAUGCAACAGUACAUGUACAAAGCUCGUCAAGUCUUCACCAAGGAGUUUUGGGUGGACAAGUUUGAAAACACUGGCGCAGAAGUCUUGGUCGACGGUCCCUUGCUGUCCUGGUCGUACAUUGAGAUUGGUCUGAUCGAGGCUGUUGGUGCCUUGACAUCGUUCUUUGUUGUCAUGAAUCGUCGCGGUAUUACCCCAUAUGACGCCCAUAUCCUGCAGAAAGGCGCAGGCCCCCCAACCAACUACUUCACCGACGAUGCGCAGCCGUACAAGGGUAUUGACGGCCCGACCCAGGUGGACAUUCUGGCCGAGGCUCAGUCCAUGUACUAUUGGGCCAUCAUGACCAUGCAGAUGUUCAAUCUGUUUGCUUGCAAAACGCGCCUCACGCUUCCUUUUGGCAGAUACAUGUUUGCAAACCGCGUCACCUUUUACAGCAUCCUCGCUGGCGCGGCCCUCGCGGCUUUCAUCAUCUACACCCCUGGUGUGGAAGUGGUCUUCAAGACUACUCGUAGCUUGAGCCCCCUGUACUGGCUUGUCCCCAUGGCUUUUGGCUUCUUCAUCAUUGGUUAUGCGUCACUCCGCAUGAUCAUCCGACGCCGAACUAAGCCCGUCGCGUGGAACCCAGAGAUCCAGGGCCUCCAGAUGUUCCCUACCAUCCGUACAUUCCGCUCCAUGUCUAUCAGAAGCACCUGAAACAUUUCUUACAAGUGAUAUACACAUACAAAGAAUAUAUUUACUUCUUAUCUCAAUAAGGUUUUGUUGUAAUAGAUCUUUUCCUCGCAGAACUUGUCUUUUCUUAGUGACCUCUUUCUUUCACCGCGAGUUCGAGACGUGUUGGUGGCUUGCCAGUUGAUUUGUAAAUGGGAAAUUCGCAGCAGCCACAAAAGCCCUACACAUCGGAGCCGCUACGAAAAGGGUAUGCGCCGCACACUACUAGUGUCUGUUCGCCUCCACGGAUCCACCGUUGGCGUUGGUUAUAAGCUCCACUACUUGUUGGUUCGGUGCUCAGCCUGCUCGUGAAUUGGUACCGGAAGAGGUGUGAAUUAGAAGGAAUGCGGCGUUUUAACGAGUGUAGGAGAGAUAUAAUCUCUAUAUAGCUCUAGCAGUCACCAUCAUUAGUUCAUCUAUCUCCUGGAGCCAAGUCAAGCGGCGUAUAGUCCGCCGCUCUGUCAAGACAGGCUACAGAACAUUCGUCCCAUGCAUCAAUUUGUUUGCUUUACAU